AUGGCGGCGCCCGGAGACACGAUGAUCGCUAUGCGGCUCCGGAACCAACUGCAGUCCGUGUACAAGAUGGACCCCCUGAGGAACGAGGAAGUGGUGAAGGUGAAGAUUAAGGAGCUGAAUGAGCAGAUUGUGUGUUACCUCUGUGCCGGGUACUUCAUAGACGCCACCACCAUCACCGAGUGCCUACAUACCUUCUGUAAGAGUUGUAUAGUGAAGUAUCUGCAGACCAGCAAGUACUGUCCUCUGUGUAACAUAAAGAUCCACGAGACCCAACCGCUCCUCAACCUGAAGCUGGACCGGGUCAUGCAGGACAUCGUCUACAAGCUGGUGCCCCCGCCUGCAGCAGAUGAGGAGCGCCGCAUCCGGGAAUUCUACCAAUCACGGGGCUUGGAGCGUGUACUGCAGACCAGCAUGGUGGAGGAUCCGGUGGUGGAUGUGACUCGUCAGUCGCUGUCGGCGGUCGUCUCUCAGGGAACUUCUCACUACUACAGGAACGAUGAACACGUCUCCCUGUGCCUGGAGAGGGCCGGGUAA